AUGGAAGGAGCGGUGCCUUUGAUUCUGAUGGUAUCAGCGCUGACAGCUGCAGUGCUGGUGUCAUGUCAACCAGUUUGCUUCAUCGGAUCGGAGUACAACCCACAAUCUGGAAUCCCACCCCGUUGGUUCUUACCGUACAAAGAUCCGUGCGAAUGCACCGCUAUACGUCUCGGUGGGAUGCGCACCCCAGCCUCGUCGAACCGCAAGGGCGCGCCCCACUACCUGGACGAGCUUUUCCUGAGCGAGGAUUCAACCGAAAUUCAAACCUACUUCAACUGUAGUCGUGCGACAACAUUUCCCACAGGUAAGUCAACAACGUAUACACGCUGUUCGAGUCCGAAACCCCUCGGUCUCGAAGACGGUACCAUCCCUGAUGACCACAUCACAGCAUCAAGUCAUCAAACAAACUGGCCUGGCAGCGACGGACGGCUGAACUGCAACGGCGCAUGGAUACCACAAAGUGACGAGAAAAAUCCCUGGAUCGAAGUGGACCUCGUUGUGAUAAAGGUGGUGUCUGGUAUCAUCACGCAAAGCUUUGACAUUUAUGGUUAUGUGAAAAAGUACAAGGCGUCGUAUAAGAAUCAAUCCUCAUCUGACUAUGAACACAUGACAGAUGGAAAUGGAAACAUCAAGGUAUUCAUCGGUAACACUGAUGGCAACACCCCGGUUACUAACCUGUUUGAUGAGAGUGUGGUUGCGACGGUAGUGCGAAUUGAGCCUACUGAAUGGUAUUAUUAUGCUACUUUGCGAUUUGAGUUGCUUGGAUGUCAUCUGAAUUAA